AGGCCUGUCUUUCUCUAUUUGUUGCUUUCUUUGGUUAGAAAUUUUGCUUUCUUUCAGUUUAAGGGUGACUGCUUUGAAGCUAUCUGAAAAUAUCCAUUCUGCUAGGAAAAUAUCAGCAUUAAUCUGACCGUUGAAACCAAAAUGAACUCAGUAACUGACCAGCUUUAAUGCGGUCACUUGAAGAAGCCAGAAGAGUAUUUACUGCAAAGGCUACUAAAGGCUAAAGCCAUGCCUUACAAAUAGUCAAAGUGCACCUUGCCACACACACUAAGAAAUCACCAUCACCCAUCAGCAUCCUGUGCUUUCUCCAUGUUCUGACCAUUCCUAAACUGUCAGGUGUUAAACAUUCUUUACCCAGUGAGUCAACCUGAAAAAGAAAUUCAGGGGCUACUUUUAUGUAUUGUUUCCUUGCAGCGCAGUCAGUAUCCGUCUCCGGGUCUUUAGAAUGCAGUCUCUGUGUUCUAGAUCUCCUUUCUGAACUGUGGGAUCCACGUGAAAGUUUUAACUUCUUUCAUAAUAUCAAGAACAUAUUUGGAGCCAAAUAAAUCCUCUCAGUUACACAAAAUAAAAAAUGGCAUAUAGUUGGCAAACAGACCCAAACCGCAUUGAACCACAGAAAGGUGAAUAUGAUCACCAACAAUUUCACCAUGCAAACCAGCACCUAUCUUCCAGACAAGUCAGACUGGGUUUCGAUCAGGUAGUGGAAGAGAUCAAUAAUGAACCUCCACUGUUUGAGAGCAAAAAAGAAGAAAACACAUUUUUUGUGCCUGAUGCAGCAAUCGUGGGUUCAGAAUGGCGAUCCAUAUACGGAGCACACCCAAGGCACUUGAGUGAAUUCACUCCUCAGAGCCCUGACCUCUCCCAGCUUCAUUUUGGGAGAACACCAGCCAUUGGCUUUAAUCCUGCUGUAUUACCUACACAUCAGAUCAUCGAUGAGGGAGGCUCCUGGAGAAAUCCCACAGGAAGAUGUCACAGUCCUGGGGAUACCAGGUUCGAUGCUCUAACCCCCUCACCCACUGACCUGGAUGAAUGUAACCCACAGAGACAAUCAGGAAAUGAACAUUGUGGCCACGGUUUGGGAUUCAAAGGCAGCAUCCUCUCUCAUUACUCAUCCUACUCAGCAGACUUCAUACCCAAUAGAGAGAAAAAAGGGAGUGGAGACGUGAACCUUGUAGAACCUUCUCUGAUGGUCUCUAAAGACUCCUUUCCACCCAGAGCAUGGGACAGCACAUCACUGGAAAACACAGAGAGAAUUGGUUGUCCCAUUGAAAUAGUGUCUGUACCCCAAGGGAGUAACAAGAGACUGGCCUCCUUUUGCAACAAAGUAAGAAGAAUAAGAGAAACAUAUCAUGCAAGUGACAUUGAUUCCAAUCCUGGAAGGAUCUGGGCCAUCGCUACAGCCUAUCCGUCUCAGGUCUUCGCUGACACCAAGUUCAGAAUAAAUAUUUGCACGAAUAACUCAACAAAGCCCCUUCUUCUUAUGCCACAUGCUAAUUAUCUUGUCAAAGACCUAAUUGCUGAAAUUCUGCUUUUAUGUGCAAAUGAGCAGCAUUUCCCUGAAGAGUAUCUUCUAAGUAUAUGUGGUUCUGAAGAAUUUUUACAGAUAGAUCACUGUCUAGGGAGCCACAAAAUAUUUCAGAAAAAUAAAUCUGUCAUUCAACUCCAUCUUCAGAAAAACAGGGAUGCUCCAGGAAAAUUAGCCCGGAAGAGUGAAGAUGACCACAGUCAGUUUCAUCUGAACCAACUUCUAGCAUUUACACAUAUUUGGAAAAUAUCCAGACAAUGCCUCUCUACGAUAAUGAAAAAAUACAACUUCCAUGUCAAACACCUGUUGAAAACCCAGGAAGAUUUGGAGGAGAAUUUGUUAUCCGUGUUUUCCAGUGAUCCACACGCUUUCCAGCCACAUGUGAAUCGUAUUAUUGAAGAAGUUAAAAACAUAUGCAGCAUUCUUGGAUAUAUUGAAACCAAACAAGUUUCAGAUGCAGUAAAAGAACUAAAUCUACUUCAGCAGAGACAAUCACAGAAUUUUCAUCAGACAUCAGAAACUUCACAAAAAGGCUCCUUAGAGAAAGUGACAGCUGAACUAUCGAGGUCCAUCUAUCAGCUAAUUGAAGUGUACUGCAGUAGCUUUUGUACAGAUUUCCAGCCUGUGCACACACCUGGAGGUACAUCCUGCAUCCACGCCGGGCUCCAUGCCCACUUGAGUUUCACAGUGUGUACCCUGCACAAUGUUCCAGAGACUUGGGCACACAGCUACAAAGCAUUUUCGUUCUCCUGCUGGCUCACAUAUGCUGGGAAGAAGCUAUGUCAAGUGAAAAGCUGUAGACCCAUGCCAGUCACAAAAUCAUUCUUUCUUUUGAUCAACUGGAAUGAAAUAAUCAAUUUUCCUCUUGAUAUAAAGUCACUUCCAAGAGAAUCCAUGCUCAUCAUAAAACUGUUUGGGAUUGACUUUGCCACCCACAGUGCGAAUUUGCUGGCCUGGACCUGCCUUCCGCUGUUUCCAAAAGAAAAGUCUAUGGUGGGGUCCAGGCUAUUCAGCAUGACAUUACAGAGCGAGCCUCCCAUAGAAAUGAUAGCUCCAGGAGUAUGGGAUGGGAGCCAGCCUACGCCACUGACCCUGCAGAUAGAUUUUCCAGCCGCUGGGUGGGAGUAUACGAAACCUGAUUCUGAAGAGAACAGAGCUGACCGCGAGGACCCACCAAGAGAGUGUCUAAAGCACAUCGCCAGACUCUCCCGGAAGCUGUCUCCCUUACUGCUUUCUCAGGAAAAGAGAAGAUAUCUGUGGUUUUAUCGUUUCUACUGCAAUAAUGAAAACUCCUCCCUCCCUCUGGUCUUGGGGAGUGCCCCUGGAUGGGAUGAAGGGACAGUUUUUGAAAUGCAUGCCAUCUUGAGAAGGUGGACAUUUUCUCAUCCAUUGGAAGCACUUGGUCUUUUGACUUCCAGUUUUCCAGACCAAGACAUUCGUGAAGUGGCCGUGCAACAAUUAGACCACCUCUUGACUGAUGAACUCCUGGAGUACCUCCCACAGCUAGUUCAGGCUGUCAAGUUUGAGUGGAGUCUUGACAGUCCCUUGGUGGAACUCCUGCUUCGCCACUCCCUGCAAAGCAUCCGGGUCGCACACCGUCUCUACUGGCUGCUGCAGGCUGCACAAGGUGAAGCCUGCUUUAAACGCUGGUACCAGGAACUAUUGGCUGCUCUCCAGUUCUGCGCAGGAGAAGCCCUGAAUGAUGAGUUUUCCAAGGAGCAGAAACUUGUCAAACUUUUGGGUGAUAUUGGAGAGAAAGUCAAGUCUGCCAGUGACCCUCAGAGACAGGAUGUACUACAGAAAGAGAUCGGCAGCCUAGAAGAAUUCCUUAAAGAUACAGAGGCUUGUCAUCUUCCUCUGAAUCCAGCCUUAUGCAUAAAAGGAAUUGAUCCGGAUGCAUGCUCAUAUUUCAAAUCUAACGCUUUGCCAUUGAAGAUUACUUUCAUCAGUGCUAAUCCAAUGGGCAAAAACAUCAGUGUUAUUUUUAAGGCUGGGGACGAUCUUCGGCAGGAUAUGCUUGUUCUUCAGAUUAUUCAAGUGAUGGACAAGAUUUGGCUGCAGGAGGGCCUAGAUAUGCAAAUGAUCGUUUAUGAAUGUCUAUCCACAGGAAAAGCCCAAGGAUUGAUAGAGAUGGUGCCUGAUGCUGUAACACUGGCUAAGAUCCAUCUGCACUCUGGGCUGAUAGGACCACUGAAAGAAAAUACCAUCAAGAAGUGGUUUAGUCAGCACAACCACUUAAAGGAAGAUUAUGAAAAGGCCCUGAGGAACUUUUUUUACUCUUGUGCUGGCUGGUGUGUGGUAACGUUCAUCUUGGGAGUCUGUGACCGGCAUAAUGACAAUAUCAUGCUGACAAAGUCAGGCCACAUGUUUCAUAUUGACUUUGGAAAAUUCUUGGGUCAUGCACAAACAUUUGGUGGCAUAAAAAGGGACCGAGCCCCUUUCAUUUUUACUUCAGAGAUGGAGUACUUUAUUACUGAGGGUGGAAAAAACACACAGCAUUUUCAAGAUUUUGUGGAGCUGUGCUGCAAAGCCUACAACAUUGUCAGGAAACACAGCCAGCUGAUCCUGAGCCUUCUAGAAAUGAUGCUGCACGCAGGACUGCCAGAGCUGAGUGGAGCUGAAGACCUGAAAUAUGUAUAUAACAAUCUCCGUCCACAAGACACAGACCUGGAAGCCACAAGUCAUUUUACCAAGAAGAUAAAAGAAAGUCUGGAGUGUUUCCCAGUUAAGUUGAAUAACCUGAUCCACACGCUUGCACAGAUGCCAGCCAUAAGCCUUGCCAAACCUUCCCCUCAGACUCUUCUCCAGGAAGCCUGCAUCCUGAAUAAAACCAGGACAAUUCAGAGAGCCACAAUUUUAGGGUUCAGCAAGACACACAGCAACCUGUAUCUGAUCGAGGUGACAUGCAGCGACAGCAGGAAAAGCCUGACCAGGAAGUCAUUUGAGCAGUUUUACAGACUUCACAGCCAAAUUCAGAAGCAAUUCUCCUCGGUGGCUCUCCCAGAGUUUCCUCACUGGUGGCACUUGCCUUUUACAGACGUGGAUCACAAGAGAAUCAGAGAUCUAAGUCGUUACGUAGACCAGCUGCUGCACGGAUCUUAUGAAGUUGCGAAUAGUGAUUGUGUACUUGGGUUUUUUCUCUCUGAACAUACAAAACCAACACUUGCAGACUCUCCAUUUGUGGACCCAGGUGAGAAUUCUCCAGACAAAAACCCCAAGGUGCAGUUACUGAUGACGUACGAGGACUCGAAGCUCACCAUCCUAGUGAAACACAUGAAAAACAUCCAUCUCCCAGAUGGCUCUGCGCCGAGUGCACAUGUUGAAACUUAUCUUUUACCACAUCCCAGUGAAGUUCGUAGGAGGAAGACGAAGUCUGUUCCAAAAUGCACUGACCCCACUUACAAUGAAAUUGUGGUGUAUGACCAAGUCUCAGAGCUCCAAGGCCAUAUCUUAAUGCUUAUUGUGAAGAGCAAAACUGUAUUUGUGGGAGCAAUUAACAUUCAACUGUGUAGUGUUCCCCUCAAUGAAGAAAAGUGGUACCCAUUAGGAAACAGUAUCGUCUGACCAGUGCCAUGAGUGUAUGCAUUAUUGAUUAAGUAUUUGUAUGUUUUUAGAUUCUGAUUCUAUCACAUAAACAAGGCAUCUUUCUUGUGGAAGACAGCUUAGAGCAGUGGUUCUCAGCUUUCCUAACACUGUGACGUUUUAACCCAGUUCCUCAUAUUGUGGGGACCCCCAACCAUAAAAUUAUUUUUAUUGCUACUUCAUAACUGUAAUUAUGUUACUCUUGUGAAUUGUAGUGUAAAUAUCUUAUAUGCAGGAUAUUUGAUAUGAGACCCCUGUGAUGAAAAGGUCAUUUGACCAAGGGACUGCAACACACUGGUUGAGAACCACUGGCUUAGAGUUUGAAGGGCAUAGAACAUAGAAGAACCAGAUAAGAAUCAUUCUUUUGUAGUUCUUUAGUCCCUGUUCUCUCCCUAUCAUAUUUUCUCCUUGGAAUAUUCAUCAUGUGAAAUUCCAUAUGCAAAGUAAUGAAAGAAUGAUUAAUUUUAAUAUACAUUUUGAAUCAAACAUAAGUUCACACUUUGUCUCAAUUGCUUGUUGUAGUCAAAAUUAUACUUUCAAGGUGUUUUCUAAAGAAUGACAGCUAGGGAAAGCUAAUGAAUGAAUUUGAAAGCUAAGGAUGUCUGCCCAGCUAAGAUUUAAAACUUAAAUAUGUGUACAGCCCACAUGUCUAGUCAUGAUGGUAUUUUUGAGAAAACUGGUGAGCUCUGGCCAUGUGCUAUAAUUUUUUGAUCAAAAACCCUAAGAUUUUCUAUCAUUGCUUAGACUUUUUCUUUAAUAAUUUCAUGCAUGUAUAUAAUACCUCUCAUUUUUCUUGAUUCUUACCCUUUUUUAGUUUCCUACCACUCUUUUCUAACAAUGUCUUUUCUGUAUUCCUAUGGGGAUUUUUCUUCUUACUAUCCCUGGCUGACCUAGAACUCAUCAUGUAGAUCAAACUCUCCCCAAACUCACAGUGGUCCUCCUGCCUCUGUCUCCCUAUUGCUGGGAAUCCAGGUCAUUGCACAUGGUCUGAAAUUUCUUAAGUUCAGUUCUUAAAAUUUCCUUUUGAUAUUGAUUAAUCCACUGUCUUUGUUUCUUCCAGCCAUGGUCAUGUUCACACCUUAAACCUUACUAAUCCCAAACACAAAAUGUCUGACUUUAAAGUUACCUGUUUAAAACUUAAUUUCAUUUGUUAAAUAUUAACUUAUCCCUUGUGCCCACUAUGACCUGAAUAGAGGAUCUUACAGAUUGUUGCUUGCAUAGUAGGCAAAGUAGCAGUGUGCCUUCAAAAUAAUCGAACUGAAGAUUUAAAAAAAUAAAAUAAAACAUCUGCCAUGAAAA